CCAAGAAUAAAAAAGACUUUCACCUCGAGGAUGUUACAAACAGGGCAUGCCUUGGACCGAGUUGUCCAAAAGGUGACCAAUGCACCUAAGAAGGUCCACAAGAAAGUUGUGACCACGAGUGACCGUGCACGAGAGAACGUGGACGGGAUGGAGUAUAGCCCCUCACAGUGUAUGGAGGCCCCAGUCCGGUGCUGUGGAGUCCUCGCACACCAGGAAAACCCCUACACACUUCGAGUAAAGACCAACUCUGGCAAUAAAACUGAGAAGAAGGUUAUGGGUUUGAGGGUGCGCAACAUUCAUCAUCAAAAUAAGGUCAAUGGUGAAAUAGUGGAGGUGCUGCCCUCUGUAUACAUAGCCAAAAUGAUGAGGGAGAAAAGUCACAAGGCUACAAAGAUCCCCCUCAUCCUCUCUGGACCAGGACCCACACCCGGCACAGAAGCUUCAAAGAAAGUGAAGAAAGUCCACCAUCACCAGCAUCAUGCCCAUGGUCAUCAUGGCCAUCACCACGGUCACAAUGGAGAGUUUGGCUCACUGGGCAUGCUCAAGAAACAUCACAAGUUCCAUGUUAAUAAUCCGGAGCCAUCUGCAAUCAUGGAUGAUGAUUUGCUGUUUAUGGAUGUAGACUGUGAUCCUCUCCUGAAGAUCCGGGACAUACAGACUCGGGUGCCCAUGGGAGUCGAGGACAUUGACAUCAGUCAUACAACAGACCCACUCUGUGUCCCUGAAUAUGCCCAGGAAAUCUAUCAUUACCUCCAGAGUGUAGAGAACUGCCACGCCCUACCUGAAGACUUCCUCCACAAUAACCCUAAAGUGACUGCUCAUAUGCACGCCAUCCUCACCGACUGGCUCAUUCAAGUCCAGGUAAAACAAAAGAGGGAG